AUGAAAGGAGGUGGUGCUAUUGAGUUUGGAGGUGAGAGAAAUAGAGGAAUUUCUAUAUUUGAUUUUGUUUUGAGAUUGCUUGCAUUCAUUGCUACUCUAGGCAGUGCAAUUGCAAUGGCGACCAGUGAUGAGACCCUCCCUUUCUUCACUCAGUUUAUUCGGUUCAGAGCUGAGUAUGAUGAUCUUCCAACAUUCACGUUUUUCUUGGUGGCAAAUGGGAUUGUUGCUUCCUAUCUCCUCCUGUCUCUCCCUUUGUCCAUUUUUCACAUUGUAAGAAGAAAAGCACAAAACACUAGAAUUGUGUUGAUUUUCUUUGACAUGAUAAUGCUCGCUCUUUUAACAGCGGCAGCAUCGGCCGCAGCAGCAAUAGUGUACUUAGCACACAAAGGGAAUACAAAGACAAACUGGUUUGCUAUCUGCCAACAAUUCAACUCUUUUUGCGAGCGCGUGUCUGGCUCUUUGAUUGGAUCAUUUGGAGCAGUCAUUUUAUUCAUCUUUCUUAUCUUCUUCUCUGCAUUUGCCCUUUCUCGACGUUAA